AGUGGGCUAGGGGUCAGUUUUGCUAUUUAAAUAAUGGCGCAAGAUCAAAUUGUUUUUGCUGCAUUUAACUGCAGCAAUAGCAUUUUCUCUUGAAGCACUUUACAGAAAAUUGAAUUUUCACCCUAAACUGACGAAUAUCCCAAUAAGUGCUAGCCUUAGCAAUCAUGGUCAAGCAGUCACAGGUGUGUUGCACUCGUCAGUCCGACACUUGCUUAAAUAGCAGUGAUGGCUCUAGCCCACACAUAUCGCAGCUUGCGUUUCGCCGGCGGCGAGUAGUCCCUAUUUCGAGAUGUCUGUAGUCUGUAUGCCAGGCACAGGGCUGUAGCAGCGGACGGACUUGGCACGGCCGCGGCGCGGACAAGAAUACAAACGGUGCCGCUCUCUCAGUGCACGUUGUCACUGUCUCCGUCACCCUAGACGAGACAAUGGCUUUCGAACUCACAGAAUACCCGCCGCGGAGCUUUUGUGAGAAAUACAGGAAGUUUUUGGCCCCGAAAGGCUCCCUGCUGCCACCUCAGCAGGCCCUGAAGAACAAGAACCUCGGCCCGGCGGCGGCGGAGACGCUGAAGAAGGCGUUCAAGAUCACCAUAAAAAAGCUCCGUAAAAUGAGGUCCGCGUGUGCCGCCUGUGACAAGAAGGAAGGAGUGUCACUGGAGUGCGGGGAGUGCCAUGCUGUGAGGUAUUGCAGUGAGGGGUGUCAGCAGUCUCGACUUGCCUCGCACCGCCUCGUGUGCCAAAACCUGAAGGAUGAGCUGGUGGAUCAGGUGUUGGAGUGCCUGCCGUCACCUGUCACACUGGGCCCCCAGAUCCUGAGGGGGCGAAGGGGGCUGGUGAGGGACUGGGAAGACUGGUUCAACAAUCACACUCACCUGAAUGACAGCUGCAUAUCCGCAGCGCAGGUCGUUUAUAUGUGGUGGGAGUACACCAGCCUUCCCAACCCUGGGGAUCAGGAGCUCCAGGCAUCACUGCAGAGGAUUUUCAGCAACAUUUUCAGUACACCACUGACCAUCAGUCUGUGUGCCUCCUGGUUCCCUGGCCUUCAGCCCUCACAGCGGGAUGAGGCACAGGAGUUCCACAUUCACCUGCUUGGGGCGGAUGAGCCAGAGGUGAAGGCAGUGGAAGAAGGGAUCAUCCAGAUUGCCAGUCGAACGUUGGGUCGCCUGGUGGUCGUGACCUUGGUGGCACCUGACCUCGCCCACCACCCACAAACACUCGCCUGGUCGCCGACAAACCCUUGCUUGAUGGUGCCCAAAGUGAAGGCUGUGGCUUACCCAGGACUCUACCAUGAUUUUUGGUGGGAACACGUGGCUGUGGCGGACCCGACGCAGCAGGUGAGGCGGCCAGACGUAGCGCUGGCCAUCCAUCCUGGCGUGCACACAGACGCUAUGAUGGCCCUGUGGCGGCCCACCCUCCAGCUGCUGGCCAAAGAAUGCGUCCCCCUGGCCAUGACCACCUACAACCUGGCUGAAUAUGAGCAGACACUGGAGAAACUCUCUCCUCUGGGCCUGAACAUCAUCAGCAAGGGAAAAAACCCACUUGGGUCGCUGCACGCCAAGCAGACACCCUAUGAGCCUGAUCAUAUCUGGGCUGCCAACAGCUACUUCAUCGCCAUUGAUAACAGAUGUGCUGAAGACAAGGAAAAUCAAGGCAACUUCUUCUAAAAGACCAGCCUUUUCUCUUCAGACACGCACACACACAGACACAUGCAUGCUUAACAAAUGUGUGGCCAGAAUAAGUGAUGAAAAUAAAAGGAAAUGUGUGAA